AUUAAAGAUCCUAUAUUUGAUUUUUAUUUUUAUUACACUUAAGUUUAAUGAAUAAUGUUUUGUGGUUAAUUUAAAGUAAACCAAAUCCUAAUGCCAAUUAUGUAAAAAAAUAUAAAUCUCAAAUAAAACGCUUACAUAAAGUAACAUCUUAUACACAUUGGUUUAAUACUUGUAGUAAUGUUUUUAAAUCUGUGGUUUUAUGUUGUUAAAUUGCCCAUUUCUACAACAUUUGAAGUACACUGUAGAAAGUGUUCACGCGUCUUUAUUUUACUUGAAAAUAUAAAAAAGAAGAGUUGUAUUACUGGUAACACUGGUGUAAAACUAGAAAGUCAAUAAUUUUAUUUACGCUGGCAACACAGGUCGACUGUCACUUCACUUGCCAAAACAAAAAUGUCACCGUUGUAGGGUAGGUGCGGGCACGGCGAAUUUUAUUUUUAGAUCUUUAUUAUUUUACAUUUAUGUAGGUAAUAAGAUUUUGUUCUAUCGUAGUGAAUGUGCGCAGUGAGCGUAAUGUUAGCUAGGCGGCUCAGUAACAGUGCGAACAAUUAUUCUUUGUACAAAUGUUUGGGCGGCACCCUCAGAGGGUUUUCCAAACGGCUCGAUAGUUUGGACAAUGAAGAAAGGCUCGAAGGAUGUCUUUCCACGUUACCAUCGGAGGCGAAAGUGGUCAUAUGUGGUGGAGGAGUCAUGGGUGCGGCCGUGGCUUACCACCUGGCGAGAAGAGGGUGGGGCAACAAGACAGUCCUGAUUGAAAAUGAAAAAAUUGGAUCCGGGAGUCGGUGGCAUUCAUCUGGGUUGGUUGGUGCGUUCAAACCCUCUCUGGCCCAAGUGCGUUUGGCUCAAUCCUCCAUUCGUUUGCUUCAAGAGUUGGAAGAAAAGGGAAGACCUACCGGAUGGAAACAAUGCGGGUCCCUACUGCUGGCACGCACUCGGGACCGGAUGACUGUCUACAGGAGGAUGAAGAGCCAGUCGGUAUCGUGGGGCAUCCCAUGCGAGCUGGUGUCGCCCAAACGCUGCCAGGAGCUCUGGCCCAUGCUGAACGUGGAAGACAUUCUCGGGGGCCUGUGGAUACCUGGGGACGGGGUUGGCGACCCCCAUCUGUUGUGCAUGUCCCUGAUGAAGGAAGCUGUGGCUAAUGGUGUGGGCGUGAUGGAGGAUUGUGCUGUGACAGCCGUCCUCUCGAAAGACGAGCGGGUCUCGGGCGUGGAGACCACGCGCGGCGCGAUCCAGUGCGAGUAUUUCGUCAACUGCGCAGGAUUCUGGGCGCGGCAGGUUGGCCAACUUGCCCGGCCUCAAGUGAAGGUGCCCCUUCUCCCCUGCGAGCAUUACUACCUGCACACGAAACCGAUUGAGAACCUCCAUCCUAUGACACCAGUUGUACGGGACCCCGACGGCUACAUUUACUUGCGAGAGCGGGACGGCUGCAUCCUGGCCGGCGGAUUCGAACCUGUAGCCAAACCUGUCUACGAGGAAGAUAUCCAAGACUCGUCCCAGCGUUGCGUCGCCGAGGACUGGGAUCAGUUCCACGUGCUACUUCAGGAACUGCUGAAACGCGUGCCAGCUCUCAGCGAGGCUGUUCUUCAUAAAUUAUGCAACGGACUCGAAGCAUUCUCCCCGGACUGCAAAUGGAUCGUUGGCGAAGCGCCGGAGAUAUUCAACUACCACGUGGCUGCCGGCAUGAAAACAGUGGGUAUUUCGGCCGCGGGGGGAGUGGCAGAGGCGACGGUGGACGAAAUAAUCGACGGGUAUACGAAAUACGACAUGUACGAGUUGGACAUCAAUCGAUUUCUCGCUCUGCACAACAAUAAGCGGUUUCUGAGGGACAGACUCAAAGAGGUUCCAGGUAUCCACUACGGCAUGCCGUACCCCUUUGAUGAGUUCGAGACUGGCAGGAACCUUCGCCUGUCACCCCUCUACCCCACGUUGAGGGACAACGGCGCAGUGUUCGGUCAGGUCAUGGGCUACGAGAGACCCACGUGGUUCGACACUGUUGAAACUCAGAAAGACACGCCGACCAAACCGCGCCCGUUCAAGAUAGCGUACACGAAGACCUUCGGCAAGCCCCACUGGUUCGACACCGUGCAGAGAGAGUACUGGGCGUGCCGGGAGUCUGUCGGCCUCGCUGACUACUCGUCGUUCACCAAAAUUGAUUUACAGUCCCAAGGUCGCGAAGUGGUGGACCUCCUCCAGUACCUGUGCUCCAACGACGUGGACGUGCCCGUGGGCAGCAUCAUACACACGGGCAUGCAGAACGAGAGGGGGGGAUACGAGAACGACUGUAGCUUGGCUAGAAUUUCGGAGAACCACUACAUGAUGAUAGCGCCCACGAUCCAGCAGACGCGCUGCAAGGUGUGGCUGAAGCGGCACCUGCCCCCCAGCGGCGCGGUGACCUUGACCGACGUCACCGCCGUCUACACGGCCGUCUGCGUCAUGGGGCCGUUCACCAGGAGUCUGCUGUCUGAGCUGACAGAUACCGACCUGGCGCCGUCCAACUUCCCGUUCUUCACGUUCAAGGAGAUCGACGUGGGCCUCGCCAACGGCAUCAGGGCUAUGAACCUGACGCACACUGGCGAGCUGGGUUAUGUGCUGUACAUACCUAACGAGUUCGCUCUGCACGUGUACAACCGGCUCAUGGCCGCGGGCGAGAAGUACGGCAUCAGCCACGUGGGCUACUACGCCUCGCGGGCGCUCCGAGUGGAGAAGUUCUUCGCGUUCUGGGGUCAGGACCUGGACACCAUGACCACGCCGCUGGAGUGCGGCCGCACGUGGCGGGUCAAGUUUGAUAAGGACAUCCCGUUCAUCGGGCGAGACGCGCUCCUCCGCCAAAGGGGGGAGGGCAUCCGCCGCCAGUACGUGCAGCUGUUGCUGACCGACCACGACCACGAGCUGGACCCGUGGUCGUGGGGCGGCGAGCCGGUGUACCGGGAUGGCGACUACUGCGGCCAGACCACCACCACCAGUUACGGGUUCACGUUCAAGAAACAGGUGUGCCUCGGCUUCAUUCAGAACUUGGACGCGGACGGAGUCGCGCACAAGAUCACCAACGACUACGUGCUGAGCGGCCAUUACGAGAUCGACAUCGCCGGCAUUAGGUACGCGGCCAAAGUGAAUCUCCACUCGCCGAACCUGCCCACCAAAUACCCGGACAAGGAGCGCGACGUUUACCAAGCGACGAGGAAGUUGCACGACCCCCAACAGUUCCUCGGGCGCCACUAUCAACCUUAAUCUAUACUUGUAUUAUACAGCUGAAGAGUUUGUUUGUUUGUUUGAACGCGCUAAGCUCAGGAACUACUGGUUCGAAUUGAAAAAUUCUUUUUGCGUUGAAUAGACCAUUUAUCGAGGAAGGCUUGAGGCUAUAUAACAUCACGCUGCAACUAUCAGGAGCGAAGAAAUAAUGGUAAAUGUAAAAAAAGGGGUAAAUUAUUCAUCCUUGAGAGCUUCAAUGAUGCCACAAAUAACUAUUUCACGCGGACGAAGUCGCGGGCACAGCUAGUUCCCUUAUGCAUACAUUUCCCUGCAUCCAACAUGAAGCUAUAUUGAUGAUCUUUAUUUGUAAUGUUUUUUUCUUGUUAGUAUUAGAUUUUGCCGUUUCGAAUCCGAUGUCUUAUUAAAACUAAAGUAAAAGUACAAACUAUGAAUUAUGCUUCCAUCAGCCUGUAUUUUAUAAAAAAAAUUGCCGUGUAGUUAAAAAAAUUAUUUUAGUGCCAGUCUUGCCAAUUUAUAUAUAUGAAAUGGACUUUUGUCUCUUUAUUUGGUUUGAAGACUGAAUUUGGAUAAAAACAGGGUUUUAUUUUGCUCACAGUUGUAUAUUAUUCAACAUUUUAUUUUGAAGUGAUGUUUCUAUGAAAAUGUUCCUUGUCAAAUUUUUAUAUCAAUUUCAUAUUUUAUUAUUAAUAUUAACUAGUUUUUAUAUAAUGUAAAAAAUAUAAUUGUUUGCAAUGUACCUACCUCUAAAUGAAAAUAUAAGAAGAUAAUUGGAAUAGAAUGUAGAUUUCUUCUAAGGAAAUUUUAUUUUAAAGUCGAGUUAUAAAAUAACGGCGUUCAAUUGUAAAUGACAAUAAAAUUUGUCGCUUUUUAGUGUUUUGUAUUUGUAUAUAUAUAUUAUGUGUGAUAUUUCAGGAUUUUUAUAGAUAGGGCGGCAAAGCCCCAAUUUUAGUAACCAUAAGUCCAGUAGCUUUAUGUACAAAGAUAUUUGAAAUAAAUUAUAUGAAAAUA